AACCAGGGCCCUGCUUGGGCAAGCCAGCACCUUACAUCCACACAUGCAAUAGAGGUAGACUUGUAAAAACAAAAAACAAGACCAAACUUUAUUGGUGGCGGUGAAGACGAGGGCGGGGCAGUGGGCUGGAGGCAGGAGGCUACGUGGGCUGCCCUACCUCGUCCUCCUGCUGCAUCUGGGUGAUCAGCUGUUGCCGCUCAGCAGCCUGGCGCAUGCGCAUCAUGACAAGGCUCUCAUAGUCCCUCUCGGACAGCACUGAGCCCUGGUGGACAGAGGGGGAUGAGAGACGGUCAGGGCAGCAGGGCACAGCCCCACAGAAUCCAGACUUGGAGGACUGGGCCUAUGCAGAGCUAGUCUUGAGGCAAGGAGUGAGGAUGCCUGGGACUUCUCAGCUGCUCCCCUCUAAGCCAUUGCAAGCAGCUGUCUGUCACCCCACUCCCGGCAGGCCUUCCAUCAACAGUCAGCCCGGCUUCAGCUUCUGGGGCUGAAUCAGUUCAUGCUCCAGCCAGGCCCUGUCUCCCUCCAUUUCCUCCCCACCCUUCAUCUGAGACUCCUUUCCUCCACCCGUGACUCCUGCUUCUCACAGGUCUGCAAGUGAAGGGGUCGUCUGAAGUGCUGAAAUCCACUCCGCCUUGCCAGGCGGAGGCGAGAGCACUGCCCCCUCCCGGCAGCCCACCUCCCUCUGGUCUGGCUCCUGUGGGACCCACCAGAAGGCAGCCCUACCCUAGACCUAACCUCUGUCAGCCUGCCCUAGAAGGAGAGAGAAACAAGCAUGAGGCCGUUUGCCUCUUAAAAAUACACACCCGGGUUGCCGGAGGGCAGGGCCCGUGCCUUUUUCUUUUAUGAUCUUGCCAGCACAGUGCGGGGGAUUAAAGAGUGCUAUAUAUUAAUAAUCAAAAGAAUAAUAAACAAGCAACUCAAUGGGCCGAGGCUGUGGGGUGGAGAGGCAGCUCUAAGAGACUUGAUCUACCAAGCCCACACCCUGAUAGUCUGCAGUGGGCAUUAAAUCACUUCUGUCAGUACAGCUGGAGUGGUGAGAAGCGUGGAGGCCCCCCAGCUGGGCCAGAAGUGAGCCAGGCCAGGGGGUGCAAGAGUUCUUUGGUAUAUCAUGCAGGUGUGCGCUCAUGGAAUUAUCCAGGGGGAAGUUCAGUGGUCAGUGAUCUGGUGGAUAAGAAGGGAGUGGCUGGGAUUAAGAUGCCAGACCUGGGCCAACUGGUUUGAAGAAAAGGGUGUACAGAACCGGAAGUGUUACUCAGCCCGGAUCCCCCUCUUCUCGGACUAGCGGCAGCCUUCCGGCUUCCAGCCGCAGCAGCUUCCAGGACAGCUGUCCUCACAGCCUGGCCCACACACCUAAGGUUGGCCCAGGGUACUGAUGACAAUUCAGGCAGGCCUCUGGGGCCGAGCCCUUUCCCCAGAGGAGGGACCUCAAAUAAGGCCCAAGAGGCCUGAGGGGAAGGCCUGGAGCACAGUGGGAGAGGAGACUGCAGGACCCUGGCCCUCAACUGCUCUCUCUGGCCCUGAGGCUAUCGGAAUAAAUGGAGGAAGAUGAGGAACUCUCAGACUGGAGGUCAGGCCCAGGGGAGGGCAAUUUCCCCCUCCCCAAGGUAAUGCUCUGCUGAGAAAACUGAAGUCACCCUGGCAUGCUCUGGGCCCAGCCCUGGGAGGAGGCAGCCCUUUAUACGCAAGGGGCUGCUUCCUGUGAACACACCCUCUGCCGCACCCCCCAACCCCAUACCUGCAGGCUUGGCUAAUAAGGGCCUGUCAUCAGGCUGCAGGACUGAGUCACCCUCACCAGUGACAGGUCUCUCUUCCUUCCCCAACAACUGUUCCACAUGCCUGCCUUUCAGUGAACUCCCACCCUCCCUGAGCUCCUCCCUCCCAGACACACGGAGGGGCAGCUGUGGAGCCAGGCCCACCAGCUAGGCCCCAGGGCAGUGGGACUGGAGGGAAAAAGGAAACAAUGUGGUGACACACCAAGCAGGGCUGCCCCCCAAAAGUCCCCAGGGAAGCCUAAACUCCCCAGUGCCCCGGGGUGUUGGCCUCAACCGGCCUAAUCCCUGCCUGCGGAUGCUGCAAUUACCUAAGAGCUUGAAACCCAGCUUCCCACCUGACUGAGUCACCUGAAAACAAUAACACGUCCCCACUGCCACACACUGGCACAAACAGCCAAGCCACUAAUCAGAGUCCGGGAGCCGCGGCAGAAAGGCCUGGCCCUGCGCUGCCGAGAGCCAGGCACAGGGGCCAGGGACGGAAGGUGACCGCAGACCCACCAGGAGCUGGGUGCUGGGGAAGCAGCACAGGCUACUCAGCAUGAAGAUCCACCUCUGACACCACAGGCGCUGCCCUCACUCCAGCUCCAGGACUCCUACCUCUCUGCUCUCCUGGACAAAAGUGCCCUCUUCCCAGGACCCCUUCCCACCAUCUAAGAUGCUGGCCAAAGGUCUGUGCUUCUAGCCCACUAGGGCUGUUUCCCUGAUUCUUGCCGUUCGCUCCGGGAGGGACCUCAUGGUCCCUGGCAACUCUUGAACUGGGCUGCUGAGGUACAGAGCUUGUCUGCUGGCUCCGGUGGGUGUCCAUGGAGACCUGGCGGAAAGGCUCCUUCCGAAACGCUUCCUUCUUCAAGCGGCUGAGCCUGGGGCGGCCAAGGCGACUCAGGCGACAGGGCAGCGUGCUCAGCCAGGCCAGCACGGCUGGCGGGGAUCACGAGGAGUACAGCAACCGAGAGGUCAUCCGGGAGCUGCGAGGGAGGCCAGAUGGCCGGCGCCUGCCUCUGUGGGGGGACGAGCAGCCCCGGGCCACCCUGCUGGCCCCACCCAAGCCUCCUCGCCUCUACCGAGAGAGCUCCAGCUGCCCCAACAUCCUGGAGCCCCCACCUGCCUACACUGCUGCCUACGCCGCUACCCUGCCCUCGGCGCUCUCCCUGGCAGGCACCCUCCACCACUGCUCUGAAGAGGACCUUUUGGACACUCCCCCCUUCCAGAGGACACCUGACCCAGACCUCAGUGAUCCCUUCUUCUCCUUCAAAGUGGACCUGGGAAUUUCACUUCUUGAGGAAGUUCUACAGAUGCUGAGGGAGCAAUUUCCCAAUGAGCCUAACUUCUGAAUGGAGUGCGUGGAAGGCAGAUGUGAGGUAACUGGAAGACCUGGAAGCCUGGAGACCCAGGGAAGGAGGGUACAGUUGCAGAUUAAGAAAAAGGACUGGAUCCGAGGAUGGACACGAAGCUCGUGGCUGUUACCAUGAAGAGGCUCAGCUGGUCUCCAGAACCAUCCACAGGAUUGGGGAUCUCUGUGUUGCCCGAGCAACCUGAUGAUGGGGACCCAACAUGUAGGGCUGAGCCCACCGGGUCAAGACCGUAGGCUCUGCUACUGCCAUGCCUUGCGGCCUGGCCAGAAGACUUGAUGCCAGAGCCCAAAUUGGCUGGGCCACAUGUUUUUGAGACUCUAGGCCUUUUCAAGCAUGGCAGAGGGAGAGAGGAAGCUUCGACGCACACUGUCUCCAUACCCAAACCCCCGGCCCUUCUCUCCCCUCCUCUGUAUGGACAUGCUGAGCUGAAAGGCUCCCCUCCGGAUGCAAGAGAUAAUGAAUAAAGUUCUUUAUAACAUG